UAUUUAUUUUUUAUUUUUAAUAUUGCUCUGAUAUUUAUCUCCUGAGCCUUGACCACUCCAACAAGUGUAGUCGUGUAUAUAUAAGCCUUCCACUCACAUCAUGCGCCACAAGAGGAGAGUUCUGAUCGAUCUGGGUCACCGGCGACGAUGAAUUUCAGAGCAGAAGUAAGGUUCAGUGAGACGGUCCCCCAAUUCGGAUAACAGUCGUCCACACAGACAAUUUACCAAGCCCUUUUCCUUAUCUCACUGAGAAAGAAGAUGCUCCCUUCUAUGUCCCUUUCUAGCUGGAAUCUCGACAACAUUACUGUAACCAAAGAACCACCACCGGUCCACCGCCUUUUUGUUUUAGCCUAAAAAGAAAAUCCGAUUACGAGUCCAAGAAAACAAAAAUAGAAACCCCUUCAUUUUGUCCUCCUUUUAGUCUCUCCUCUACAAAACCCUUUGGCAAAAAAAAAAAAAAAAAAAACCUAUUUUUUUUGCAGUAGUGGAUAUGCAUCGCCGCCUGCUCGAGACAGAUCAGGUGAAUUUGCCGCCGGACAAUGGGAACAGGACGCGUGACAGUUCGUACAUCAGCGAGACCAACUUUGACACCAACAUGGUGAUCAUAUUGGCAGCCUUGCUGUGCGCGCUGAUAUGCGCACUUGGGCUGAACUCGAUCGUGCGCUGCGCCUUGCGUUGUAGUCGAAGGUUUGCGUUGGAGACCGCCGAGCAAACGGCCGCACGGCUAGCUGCCACGGGCCUCAAGAAGCGCGAUUUGCGUCAGAUUCCCGUGGCCGUUUAUGGGUCAGGCGUGAACAUUAAGGCCACCGAGUGCCCAAUUUGUCUCGGGGAAUUCGAAGACGGUGAGAAGGUUCGGGUGCUGCCAAAAUGCAAUCACGGGUUCCAUGUGAGGUGCAUAGACACAUGGCUUCUGUCACAUUCAUCGUGCCCAAACUGUCGGCACUCGCUGCUUGACCACCCAACAAGCAGUUCAUGUGCAAAUCAACAAGUUCCCCAAGAACAGUCAUCAGGAAAUGGGUCCGGCACGCAAGGCAGCGUUGUCAUUGUGGUUAACCAGGAAAGUUAGGCCUGUCAAUUGAGCCAUAUAUCUGUUACUGUUAGCAGUAGUAGUCCAUUGUGAAUUUGUGUUGCAGCAUGGUGCAUAUUGAUGAGGUGUUUUUUGGAGGCCAAAUUGCAAACACUAUUAGGUUUUUUGUUUGGAUUUUAUUGACUCUUGAGAUACUUGGUGCACGAAUUAUAUGGGUUUAUACUUGAUGAUGA